UUAAAUAUCGCCAUUUAAAUUUUACAAACAUGGUUUCUGCAUAUUCGAACAUUCAUUGCGCUUUUCUGCAAUCCUGCGUUCAUCAUGGUAUUAUAGAACUAGAAGAUGCUUUAAAGUUCCUCACUCGGCUGUAUAAAACCGAGAAACCAAACGAUGAUGUUGUGAAUCCAACCCAAAUUUCUCUCCGUAUUCUCGUCGCGGAGAUCAAUUUGCGCAUCAGCAAAUACGAUCAAAAACUAGUCUUAUUCGAUUGCGAACCUUCGCUCAAAACGUUCAUUAUUUUCGUUAAUAUUUCGAAUACCGGAUUCAACCGGUUCCAGACAGCCUACUCGAACGGGGAGCUCAACCUUUUCCGAUUGAUUCUCCAAGCGUUGGCCAAGUCCCAAGCGCAUCAAAUCAGCCAAAUUGAAUGUCUGAAUCUGACAGCCCAAAUACCUAGAGUAAGAAGGGCGAAAAGAGUGACCAAAAGUCGCGCUGAAGAACUAAUGCAUGACUGGUGCCUCCAGGGCUAUCUGGUCCUGGGAGGUGACGUUGUCAGGUUCGGCCCGAGGACGAUUGUGGAGUUCAAACCUUAUCUAAUCAACCAUUUCCCGGGCCACAUUAAAGUUUGUCGCCUGUGCAAAGAUGCCGUGUUCUACGGUACAUCCUGUGCUGAGUGCAAGGAACAAAUGCACAAAAAAUGUUUAACAACCUAUAUCAAACGAAUGAAGAAAUGUCCCGCCUGUAAAAAGCAAUGGAAGGCUUAGACUUAUAGUCAUUCGAUUUAUUUUUUUGCUUUUAACCUAAAACUCAUAAGUUUAUUCUUAGAAAGUAGUAGUACUGAAGCAUAUUUUGAACAUCAUCAGGCCUUCAAAAUGCAUAAUUCCUACAUGAUACAGGGUAUAUCAAAACAGCAUCUUGAAUUGCUAACCUUAAAACACUCAAAGAGAUUUUUACAAAAUGUGUUUUUGUUAAUUUAAAUUAAAUUUGAAUUUUUGAUUUCUUCGUUUGUUAGUUAGGAAAGUUUAGAUUCCAAUAUAACUUUCUCAUUUGUUCGUUUUUCGUUAUGUGACCCCCAUACAUAUGAAAAGAUGUGUGGUUUACUGAUAUUUAAUAAUUUAAUAAACAUAAGAUCAUCUUCGGUA